AAUCAGCUGCCAUCCAUGAGCCCAGGGACAGCAUGAAGAGACCACCUCCCAUGUCUCCAGCCUAUGGACCCAUGGAGGCAUGAUGGCCCAGGAAGCCCCACUGCUACUGCUGCUGCCUUUGCUGUUAAUGGGUUCACAGGGACAAGUGUCCCAACUGAAGUACCAGGAGGGGCAGACACUCAGAGUGAGGUGUGGCUACUAUCUUCAGAGAGCUGAGAAGAGGUGGAAAACCUGGUGUAAAGUGAGAGAGCAUGGAGAGGUGUGUGACAGACUAAUUACCAAGAACUCAGACUACAUACAGCAACAUUUGGACCCACGAGCCUCCCUGCAGGAUGACACCCGCACUGGUACCAUCAUCAUCACCAUGUCUAAACUCAGGGUGGAGGACUCAGGCAUCUAUUGGUGUGGAAUCUAUGACUAUAUAAGCAACACUAUAGACAUUAUCAGGACAGUCAGGGUGAAGGUUUCACCAGCCACAACAUUGAAGACCAUCAAACAUUUUCGACCUACCACUGAGACAAAUUUCAUCACCAAACGUUAUCAAACGACCACUGAGACAUCUUUCACCACCUCUGCCACCCCAUUGGCCACCAGCAGUCCAAGAGACAAUGAGAAAUUCAUCAUCUGGGGCUCUGUGCUGGCCUCUUUGCUCCUUGUCGGGCUCCUCAGUGCGGGCAUCGUGUACAUCGUGAAGAUCUCCAGAAAACCAGGGACAGGUGAUGAUCAUUGCCAUCAUGUCUAUGAUGACCUUGAGGAGCAGAAGCAAAAGACCAGGGACAUCACCAUAGAAAUGCAAGAAGAUGGUUCUGAAGUCAUCCAAUAUGCCUCACUGAUCCACAGAGCCCAGCUCAGCCUUGGAGAUUCAAUCUAUGCCAACCCACAGAUGGGUCACAACCCUUGUUCCACUCCUAUCCACAGUGAGCCUGUGGAAUAUGCCAGCAUUGCAAGAACUGGACGUCAGCUUCCCAAAUAAGUUUCCCCUCAGGAGGCAGUGGUGAGGGACUGGGUGGUCAUUGAAAGAUCUACUAAGUAUAGAACCUCAAAUUUUGGGGGGAUAGGAGACUUGGGAGGCAUAGGAAAGAAAGCAUGAGGAGACCUAGUCCCUGCCAUUCAGGUUCUAAUAGUUUCACCGGGGACACUAAGGCAGGAAAUAAUUUAAGGAUGAUUGAAAAAUCCACAUAUCAAUAUAUUAAUGGAUUGAUUAUCUUAUAUAUUAUGGACUGAUUUCCCCAUAUUAACAUGUUAAUGGGCUGAUUUACCCACCACAAAUUGAUGGUGUAUAACCCCAGAUGGGCCUUCUUUGCUGCUUACCAAUUCUUCCUUCCUCAAUCUAUCCCUUCCUAUAUGAAGGAUUCUUACUCAGCAGGCCUAUUUACUGUUCCCUAUCCCCACCACCCUCAAGGAUUAAUCAGUAUCAUGUGAGAAAACUUGAACUCCUGGAAGUGAGAACAAGGACCCUCUGUGAAGCAGUUACCGUAUAUGGAGGAGAGAAGGAUGAGGGUGUUGGUACAGAGGAAGGGAGAAGGCACUAAGAGGAUGACAGUAUUUUUCCAAUAUCUGAGAGCCUUAGAGCAGAGGGGAAGAGAAUGGCAGAUUCAAAUAACAAGAGGGGUUCUUCCCAGCUCUUAGUGAAUUGGAAGAAGUGUCAGAGGAAGGGAAUGAGUUGAAUUGGAGGAUAUGAUUUCAAAUAGAGAGUUCCAGAUUUCAGACCUAGACAGUUGUCUGUGACAUCAAACCAGACAAUUGUCCCCUCCAGAAUCUCCCUGAAACACAUCUUUUGGCAAGUUAAGAUACCUCAGAAAGCAAUUUAUACCAAAAUGUUUUUAAGCUAAUCUGGAGGAGAGACAUAUUAUAAAUGGGAAUUUUAUGUAA